AUGGGUAACGUAUCUCUAGAGGUCGAUCAUUAUACGAUUCUCCUGAUUGAUUUACUCAAUAACUUAACCGAUGAUGAAAUGGAACUACUGAAUGCAUACGUUCAACAAGACGCUUAUGCUGAUUUGAAGGAAAUGAUCGAUCAAAGAACGAAUUACAUUUUCGAAGUGGAAAAUGACGAAUUCAGAAUAAAUGCGAACAAAUACAAAUUAGAUGAGAGCGAACUACUUCUUGGCGCUCCGAACUUAACCAAGUCACAAUUACACAUCAUAGAGGCUUAUCAGAAUGCAACGAUAUAUUACAUGAUCUGGGCGUUAUGGAAUUGGAAAGUGGAGGAAAUACUACCGGAAAUCGAUCAGAAUGCAAUACUGGAGUAUUACGAAGAGAAACGAAUGGAAGAUCUCGAUAGACAAAGUUUUUUUGUUCGUUUAUGGAAAAUUAUCAAACAGUGGUUCAGGAAUGAUGAAGAUGAUCAAAAACAUUGCUAUGCAAAUGAUCCGAGUUGUAUUCGAACCGUAAUUGAAGGACUGCGUUUGGAUGAACGAAAAGCAUUGGAGAGAUGGAUUGAUCAAGGGAAUUUAAGUGAUGUGAACAUAUUUAUCGAGAACAAACUCUGCACAGCACCUACACUUUAUGAGGAAUUCCAUUCAUGGAAUGCAAAUAAUGACGUUCCAUCAGCGUUAAGAGAUAUCAUUUUCAGUCUGACUUAUGCACAACAAAGAGCGAUGGACAAGUUACGAAAAUUGGAAUUGACAAACGCACUGAAGGAUUAUUAUAGAGGACGAAUUGAACAACGAACCACAAAAGAGCAACAGGUUGCGGAAGUGCUCAAAUUCAAUGAAUUUAUUGACUGA